UGUUUUCUCGAUGAUAAUGUCCACUGUACAGUUUUCUUGUCUUUGUCCAGAUGAAAUGUUCCGGAAUGACGUCUAACGUGACGCCAUCAUCAAACAUGGCUGACGAAGAAAACACAAACAUGGAAGUUGAUAAGGAAAAGAAUAAACCUUUUGCUACCACAGUUAAGCCACUCGUUGACGCGGUUACCCAAAGAAAUGGAAACCAGAACAAUGUCAAAGGCAAAACGGACGCCGGUGAAAGCCGCGCCACAACGGAAUACUGCAAGAAACUGCAGGGGUGGAUGUGGCAGUACUACACGGGAUAUGUGAACUGGCAGAGCUGGAUGGCAGCGUCAGCCAUGUCCUCACCUUAUUAUUUACAGUCAGCCAGUGGAACGUCGACGAUACCACUUGAUAUAAAUUCCCAGAACUGGUAUAACAGCCCGUUUGGUCUUCCGUUGUCGCCUUAUCCACCUGCCGUCUCUCAAAGUAUCCGGGUAGGUGAAGCCGCUGGCGGGGCUGCUGUGGCCGCUCAGCAGCAACAGCAGGCCCGGGAGAACGGAAAUCCACAGAGACCAGGUCGGGAGUAUAGCAUUCCUUCACCUCUCCAAAGACUUCUGGCUGAGAUGGUGGAUUUUUUCAUACUGUUUUUCAUCAAAGCAACCAUAAUCAUCAGUAUUAUGCAUCUGAGUGGAAUCAAGGAUGUUUCCAAGUUCGCCAUGCAUUUCAUAGUGGAGGAAAUAGAUGAGGACACAUCAAUGGAAGAGCUUCAGAAAAUGAUGCUUGUUGCACUUGUGUACCGGAUAUUAGUGUGUUUUUACGAGAUUGUGUGCAUUUGGGGAGCAGGAGGAGCCACUCCAGGGAAGUUUCUUGUUGGACUCAGAGUUGUCACGUGUGACUCAUCAAUUCUGGUUCAGCCUAACAGGGUGCUUGUAGUGCCAGCAACCAAUGUCUCUCUGUCAGCAUCCACUGUCCGAGCCUUGAACAAGAACUUUUCAAUUGCCUUCUUUUUUCCAGCCUUCAUAACACUUCUGUUCUUCCAGCACAACAGGACUGUGUAUGAUAUGGUAGCUGGUACAAUUGUUGUCAAGCGCUCCAGGAUCAGAUGACCCAGAAGAGAGUCUUACACUAAUACUAAACAUGCACGGUGCUAGUGUGUUUUGUUUGAUAAAUACCUGCAGAACUCAGACAUUAGCCUUUCAAGGUAUCAUCAGAACAUGCAGGAGCAUUAAGAUGGUUGCAGAGAGUUUGAUACACAUCUGUAUGAACUAUCUCAGUUCCCUACAACUUCGGUUUGGUUUGUCUCGGACACGUACUGUAUUUCUACAUGUAUUGCUACAUGCUGCUUUCAGAAACUGUUCCUGUGCCAAAUUGAUGUCUCCUUUGCAGACAGGAAUAAUGAUGGUAUAUGGUACCGUUUCAUUAACACCACAUUUGGCUCUUUAAAAUACUAAUCUUGCAGAUUAAGGGUGAAUAUCUCUUAUCACUCAGUAUUGAAGUUGCUAAUCAUGUAUUCAUGAGAUUAUACCUUCAGUAUCUCUUUGUAUUCAAAUAUUGUCUUAAGACUGUUGUAUACUCAGAAUUUUCAAUUUUGAGUUGUUGACCUUCAUCACUGCAGGAGUUACGGCCUCACAAUCAGCUCUUUUAGCUGUUGAAACUCUGUGGUUCUUAGGCACAUUUAAUUGUAUCGAAAGGAAAUGUUAACCUUAUCACAAUUGCUUUUCCUUUUUACUCUAAAAGCAUGUGUGUGACUGAAAUUUAAUGUAUGACACAUUUUAUGUGAUUAGCCGUUAUUUGCAUUUAAAAAAGAUUAAAUGAAACCACCACUAUUUCCCUGCAUGUUUGAGAUGUAUGUAUGUCUUUUAGCAGUUUAUCUGUGCUACUAUAUAAUAAUUCCCAAAAUGUUUUGAUACAAAUUAAGUGGCCUCAUGUUUGUUAGCUUAAGUUGCAUUGACUCAAUAACAUGCAAUUAUAUUUUUGCCUCAUGUAAUGGGUGCAUAUAAGUUUAGAGACACUAUUGGGUAAAGAAAUGAGUGGAGAAACACAACAAAUGCAGACCCUUCCGUACAGAGCCAGCAAGGUCACUGAAUAGUUAAAAUAAGUGCUGUGAAUCAAAACCUGUGGUUUUCAUAGUCACCAAAUCUUAACCAAUGGCAUUUGGGAGAUUUUGGACUGACUUUUUAGUUCUUGUAUAAUUCAUGCAAAGUUGCAUUGAAGCUACUCUGGAAGCUUGUGAUGGCGCAAACCACUUAAGGGACUAUGAUGUUUUUUCCUUAACCACCCAUUUGUACGUUUUCCAUUUAGUAUGCCACAGUAUGUGUAAGAUUUUGUCUAAAUUGCAUUUUUCUUCCUAAAAACUUGUGAAUGUAUUCUACUCUAAUUUAUUUAAGAAAAUAUGAAGCAUAGGUGUUUUUCAAGUUUAAUAUUUCACAAUAAAUUAACCUUGUAAUU